CUCCUGGCGCAGUUCCGUGACACACACACAGAGCUCCCAUUGUAUGAGCUGCUGCUUUGCACAUCUCCUAAUUUGGAUUUACCGGGAAACUCAUUUCCUGAGGCUGGAGAGAGAGCGCGAGUUGGAGAGAGGCGACGGGAUCCGGGCGAGUGGGUGACAGACGGAGGCACCGGCCGGGGUAGCGGUCGCCGGCGCCGACGACGAUGCCCGCGGCUGGCAAGGAGCCCCAGCGGUCGCCGCCGCCCCUCCACCACCACCACCAGCAGCAACAGCAGAGGGGCAUGCUCAAGUGCGUGGUGGUCGGGGACGGAGCGGUGGGCAAGACCUGCCUGCUCAUGAGUUACGCCAACGAUGCCUUCCCCGAGGAGUAUGUACCCACCGUCUUCGACCACUACGCAGUAACCAUCACCGUUGGAGGAAAGCAGCAUUUGCUUGGUCUAUAUGAUACUGCAGGACAGGAGGACUAUAAUCAACUGCGACCCUUCUCCUAUCCAAAUACUGACGUAUUCUUGAUUUGUUUCUCUGUCGUAAAUCCUGCAUCUUACCACAAUGUGCAAGAGGAAUGGGUGCCUGAGCUUAAAGCAUGUAUGCCUCACGUGCCUUAUGUAUUGAUUGGAACUCAGAUUGAUCUGAGAGAUGAUCCCAAAACAUUGGCCCGAUUAAUUCAUAUGAAGGAAAAACCUAUCACAUAUGAACAAGGUGUGAAGCUGGCAAAAGAGAUUGGAGCACAGUGUUAUUUGGAAUGUUCUGCACUCACACAAAAAGGCUUGAAAACAGUUUUUGAUGAAGCAAUUUUGACAGUUUUCCACCCCAAAAAGAGGAAAAGAGGUUGUGCAAAAUGUCGUGCGUGCUGUGCAAUUAUCUGAUGCAAUGCAAGCGAGUAAAAGAACUUCAUUUACAAGAAGGCAAGUUCUGGAUGACUAACAAGAACGAAGCUGAUUGUGCAACCAGAAAGCAUUUUACUGAAAGAUUUUGGAAAAGGAAAGCAUGCAUUUCCUUGUUCCUUGGUAUGAUGAAGAGAUGGAGAUCGGGUCCAAUAGGAACAGCUGCAAUAGUGGACUAACAUAAAGUAUCAAACCUCACAAAAGUCAUAUUAGUUUACUGCUAACUACCAUUCACUUUUCAAAUUGCCAGGUGUGCAUCUUUUCUCAAGCCUGGCUGAAAAGUUCUGAGCCAUUGUUUCAAAAGAACUAUCUGUUAUGGCAAGGAUGUGACAAAGGAACUCUGAGGAGCAGUCCAGGUGAAGAUGCUAUAGAGAGAGCAUAGAAGCACUGCGGUGGAACCCUGUUACUUUCAGCUAAGCUUUUCCGUGGCCUUAUACUGCUUACUAUAAGCACAUUCUGCAGUUUGAAGACCUCAGUGGUAUUUGUUCAUGCAGUACUGCCUUCCUGAAGCUGGGUGAGCACUAAAGCGAUUUGCAAUAGCCACCCGAACUCGUGUAGCCUGCUACGAUCAGUGAAUACCUUCUAACUAUGUAAGCCAUUAUUUCAGAAACUCAGUGAUAAAGACCGUCUACAGUGAUUGUUCGAGGUAGCAUGUCAAAGUAAUACCAGCACUACAUGUUGAAUUUAAACCAUGAUACAAAGUGAGAUCAUCUUCCCCUGGGUUCUCUAAUUUCAUGACAAGAUUAAUUCUCCAUGGAACAAGACUUGAAAUAAUCCAUGCUCUAAGCAAGCCAAGUUUUUUUAUUUGAUUGUUUUCACAGCAUCUGAUGCUUCGAUUUGGAUCUGCUAUGGUCUUGUUUUAACCCAUUAACGACAGAGAUAAGGCUUAGGAAUUCCUAAGUAACAUGUUACUGUUACCAAGCUUUACUUAAGUAUUUUUUUUUCUAAAUGUACAGAGUAAGAAUGCUUAACGACUGGGUUAGUAGUCCCUUGUAAUGGCUGGAGAUGCAUGACCCAUUGGGUUAUGGAAUGCUGUCUAGAUUCCUUCACAAUGAAAGUGUUGAACAGAGGCAAUGUCUCUCCAUUGCAGGAAGAGUACAUUUGGAAAGUUAGAUUUUUCACCUUUCAAAUGUUGGCAAAUAGGGCAUAAAGAUAUUAUGAUCACACCACUGUUUGCCCAUUCAUCUACAGAUAAAAACCCAGUGAAAACUACUUCAAAUAAUCCAUUUCCAACAUUAGCAAGCAUUUUAAGGAUUAGCAAUUAAUUUAGAACCUCCUAUGUUUUCCUAACACCUGAUCACUUCUUUGCGUUUCUGAGCAGAUGAUGAGAGUACAGUCUGGUGAGAACUUUUUUCUCAGCGUGUUCUUCCCAUUGAGAAUGUAUCUGUUAUUGGUCUCAAGCAUUCAUUUGAAAUUUUCAAUUAGUCAAAAGCACAGUGUUGUACAUUCCACCUUGCUUUAUUUUCUACAGAAUCACUGUAAAAAGUGGAGUUUUCGUUAGUCAAGAUUAAAGCAGCAGAACAGAAAGUAAGCUACGUCAUUGUAAUUAUGUUUAUAGAGCUAUACAUUCAUUAGCACUGGAGAAACCUAAUAGAAAGGUUUUCUUUAGCUUAAUUGGGAUAUGCAUUUCAAAUAACAGUCUGUUUGAUUAAAUUUCGUUAGCCCCAUUUUUCCUGUAUUUAGCUUGUCCUGUACAAUGCUUGUAGGUGAGCUGUUAAUGGUGCUGGGAGGCCACGGGGCCACGAUGCAUAGUGAGAUGUUCACUGUUGUGACUUGAGGGUUGAGGAAGGAAUAGCAGAUGGAGAAGAUGGAGGUAGAAUUUAGUGUGAAUUAAGAUUUAGAGGCUUUAAAAAAAAUGGAGAAAAGAAAUCUGGAUGAAGAAAGAGUAAGAAGUGACAGAAAGGUGAAAGGGUUUAACAUUUUAACAUUAAUGGUGUUAGUUGUCUAGCAAUUCAUGGUAGUUCAAAAUCCACAGUGCAUCAUCUUCUUGCCAUGAGCCACCAUGCUUUCAGUGAAGUAAUAGGAAGCAACACUAAACCACCCUUUAUUUUUGUGCAAAGUGAACGAAAAUAGAAUGUAGUUUUUAUUACAAUUAUAUAGUGCAAACAUCUAUUACAACUGCAAGUCAGACAGAAUAAUCACUUGAAAUCAUGAUUGUGCUGACAACCAUUAAUUUUCAUGUACAGUGCACAUAAAGCAAACCAGCUUCAUUUAAAAAUUAACUUUAGUCAUGAAGAACAGUUUCAAUUAGUUCUGAGAACUUUAUUCAAAUGGCAAUACUAAUUUAGUUAAUGGACUUCAGUGGUUAAGCAGCAAUGCUGUCUUUGUGGAAAGCUGCCUGUAAAAAUCCACUGCUUCCUUGUGGUUUUUUCUACGCCAGUUCUGUGGGAUCCCUGAUGUCCAACAGCAGAAGGUCACCAGGCACGCUGAAGGAUAAUCAGAUCGAAGAAGUCUUACUGGCAUCAGACUGGAAAGAUUAAAGCACAACUAGUAGUUUAAACAUUUUGCAGAGCUUGAAGUAGAUUAGAAUAUAUGCAUAUGAUUAAAGUAGUGGCUAAAAUAUCAUUAUUUUUAAAAUGCAUUAUAUUUUGAAAUAUUUACCUUAAAGAAUUAUAAUCCAGAAACAAAAUUAAUUUGUUUCAGGAGAACAGUUUGACAAGUGGUAUUUAUGGCUUAAUAUACCAUUUAAAACUGACUUGCACAUCAAAUAACAAAGCAAAACACCUCUUAGGUGUUUUGCAGAAAGACCAGUUCAUGAAUAUCUGAAAAUUUGUUUUCAAUUCUUGGGAUUACUAUGCAAAACUGUGCCCUUGUGCUGAGUCAGAGAAUCAGUAGCAACAGCUUCUGGCUCAGUCUUCAGGUGCAUUGUCCCGAAAUUACUGAUAUGUGAUGAUGUGAUGGUAAAUGCUGGCAAUUUCACCAUUAAAAUGCCAAAAUUUGGGCCAAUAUUGAAAUCUGGUUUGACUUGGUGUCUGAGAGGUUUCUAAACACCUGUCACUGCCCAUUCUGUUCCGCCAGUGGAACCACACUAUGUAUUCCUGCUUUAUUACAUCUUCCAGGUGCUUCCUAAAUAAUCACAUGAUUUCUAAGUAAUCAUAAUUGCUAGCUCAGUGUUAUGCAAUUUAAAAAUAGUUCUAUACUUUGUAUUAUAAAAUGCCUAAAUCUGUGUCCAUUCAUUCGACACAAUUUUUCAAUGUCCUCAGUUAACUAGGCCCUAUUCAGAAAUUUGCAUUAAUCAUAGGUAAAAUACCCCAGAAUUUCUAGCUGCACUGAUUCGGUCAUCUGUCUCUUAUUAAUUAUGCUAGUCGUCAGGAAACUUAAUGUUCUAGAUGCACUUUUUACAGUUGACCAGUGAAGAGAUGGGUGUAUUCUGGAGCUUUUCUGCUUAUCCAUGUUCAGGAAUUAGUUUUCUUAAUCGCAAAAUGUGAAUUUAGGAAUGUUACAGGUUUCCUUUCCUGUCCUAUAUCCAACUAUUUCUCCUGUGUUAUUUCUUGUUCUUAAUUCAUACUGUUAAACUACAGGUAUAAGCUAAACAUUAUCAUUCAACGUGGGCUCGCUGGACUUGUUCAGUAAGCAAGUGGGUAAGUUGUGGAACUAAGCAAUAUUUCAAAAUAAGUACAAAAAUAGCAAAGUGAGUCCAAAGAAAUCUUUGAGUAAACUAAAUCUACAUGAAUUGGUCAAUGGAUCAUUGAAGUGUUAAUAUAGGUGAAAUAAGCAGUAUAUUUUAACUUUGCAUCCGGAAGAACUAGGUUCUUAUGCUUUUGGUGUGUGUGAUAGACUAAGUGAAGUGGAGGGUGUUUUUCUAAAAGUAGGGAAUACCCGGUAAUAAAUUGCAUUACUAAUGAGCUCAUAUUGCUAAAUUGAACAACGCAUUACACAAAUGCAUUAUGUUUCGGAAUGUGCAGUAGCAUUCUAAUGAUCCAUCUUAGAAUUCAUGAUUAGCAUGUGGUUUUGUGGUCGUGCUGCACUGUGGCAUUUUAGUGCUCUGCCAACCUCAAAAGUCAAACAGGAAACUGCUGGUUACAAUUAAAACUGGUUGAGAUAUAUCUUUGUGCAACUGGGAUUCUGAUCAAACCAUCCUAUUUAUACUAGACCUAAUCACUUCAAAGCUUGUUACCAGUUUUACGUGAUUCAAUUUAGCAGGUUUUCCUUUGAAAAUUUGAUCAGAGCAAUUUUAAUUGUUGUAUUCAUACUGGUUCUGAUGUGUAAUUGUUACAGUUUAGGGUAAGAAUCUAAUUUUUUAACUUCAUGACCAGAAAGGUUAUAAGUACUUAAUAGCUAGGCAUUUCUUUAUCUAUCUAAAUGAAAUAAGACAAUUCCACUCUUGAUUGCCCAUCUCCUGCUCUCAUCCACUGUAUUUGCAUAUUGGCUAACAACAUUGAAACUAGCAAAUACUGUUCACAUACAUCAAAUAAUUACAGCAACAAUAGAAAACUUCUUUAAAAUUAAUCUUGCAAACACUUUAACGCUGAAAUUGUAAAUAAGAUGCUUUUUCUCAGCGUCUGUUAGGUAGUUAAUCUUAUCUAAUUAAUUAAUGGAUGGAAAUUUGAAAGAAAUAUUCGGUCAUUCUCAACCAUACAAAACCACAAGCAGCAUGUUUUAUAUAUUGCGGGCAAUAAAUCAGGCACAUAAAAAGGUGAAUAAUUUGCAUACAGUGCUGUUGAAGGAAACUCUAAUCUCCCAAAAUGGGAGGUAGAAAUUUAUUUUGUGAAAAACUGGUAGUUUCAGAUUAGUCUGCCUUUUAUACAUAUGCGGGCGCUGCUUUGCAUGUAAAUUAGUGACACAUUCGAUACUGCCCACGUUGUGGUGCCAUUUGGGACGAGUAUCAACCCUGUUGGUUUUGCUUGCUUUCCCUUUCGUGUAGCCAACGGCAUUCUAGCCCUUUGAAACAAAUACCCAGCAGAUGAUUGUUGUAAAUAUUCCACUGGACCUUUGACGUUCCGCAAGAACAUCAAAUUAAUUAAAAUGUCCAAUAUAAACACUGUAAUUUAUUUUGUGAUUCACUCCACAGCUCAAAAUUUAUGGCUGAGUUUUAAAAACAUAAAAGAUGUUGGAAUGAGGAACAGAUAUCAAUCCUAAAAGCAUAAGCAAAUAAAAAUUAUGUGGUUUGGGUUUAAUUAUCUUUCAAUGUAACAUGCCUCUUCCAUGAAGAAAACCUAUUAACAACGGUAAGAUGAGUGAAUCUGCAGAUGCUGGAAAUAAAUAAAAACACAAAAUGCUGGCA